AAAGUUCUUCAAAUGCGCACUUCUUUGAAAAUCUCGCAUUUCAACAGCUAGAGUAACUAGACUAUAGGUCGAUGAUUACAUGUGGAUUAAUUUCGCAAUUUAAGCAAGGAUGGAAUUAAUCAAGGAACCAGAUCAAGUCAACCGAAUACUUCUAUGGCCAUGUGCCUGCAACAUCAAUACAAGUGUGGCCACAUCAUGCAGAGAAAUAUGAACCUGAGAUAAGUGCAGAACAAUAUUUAAUUUGCUUGUUUGACUUAUGAUCAAUAUAAUAUUAGAAAUCGAUCUUCCAGGGAAGAGUUCAUAUGGGAGAAAUCAAGCACAGCCAAGAAUGCCUGAGCUGGGGUGACAUAGAUUGAAGUGCUUUCUAGCCUAUCCGCCAGAACAGUUGACCCCAAUACAGUUUGAUAUGAUGUCUGCAACUAGCCAUAUUAAGGCAAAAUUCAAUAAAUUAGUGUGAAUUAUUUCUUACAUUUGAAAUAAAAAUAAUCUCAAACGUUAGACUAGAUUUUAUCUGAUCCAGCUGGUGUACAAAUUUUUACUUGCAGAAGUAGAAAGAAAGAGAGGUUAAUUUCAAGAUUUCUGAAGCAGAGAUGGGUGUUGAUGUUUUGUCUUGGAGACUUAUCCUCUGUUCUCUACUUGUUUUACUGUUUGCUAAAGACUGUGGUGCAAGAAAGAUGACUCACACAAGAUGGAGAGAAGUGCCGGAUGAUGAUACAAACGGUCUGCAACACAAUCGAGAACCUGAUUUGCAACAGCUUUCAAAGGAUGAUCAUCUUCUAACCAGGCACAGUAGGGAUGGUGAUCAUCGAAACCAUGAACAUGCUCAUCUAUCAUCACAUAUGAAUCAUACGGACCCUUCAGACAAGAUUUUCUUCACCAUAGAAGAUCUGCAAGUUGGAAAAACACUUCCAAUUUACUUCUACUAUAGAGACCCUUCAACUUCUCCUCAUCUGAUAUCUAGAGAAGAAGCCAAUUCAAUUCCUUUCUCUUUAGCAAAAUUACCUUAUCUUCUUGAAUUUUUCUCUUUGUCCAAAGAAUCUCCUCAAGCCAAAGCCAUGGAAUAUACACUAACACAAUGUGAACUUGAACUCAUGGAAGGUGAGACCAAGUUCUGUGCUACUUCCUUGGAAUCCAUGCUUGAUUUUGCACAGGCCACUUUUGGAUCGGAAACCCAAGUAAAAGCCUUAACUACCAAUCAUCUUAGAAAGCCAGUUGCACCUAUACAAAACUACACCAUUGUGGAGGAGCCUAGAGAGAUCUUGGUACCAAAAGUGAUAGGAUGUCAUACCAUGCCUUACCCUUAUGUAGUUUAUUAUUGCCAUAGCCAAGAAGGUGGGAACAGGUUAUUUGAGAUUUCACUUCGUGGUGAGAAUGGAGAUAGAGUCCAAGCUAUUGGUGUUUGCCACAUGGACACCUCUCGAUGGGAUCCUGACAACCCAUCAUUUCGUGUGCUGAAAAUAAAGCCUGGAACUGCCCCUGUAUGCCAUAUUUUCCCAGCAGAUAACAUAGUCUGGGUGCCUUUGCUUUCAUAAAUGCAGUAGUAAUAUUUGUGGUUGUGAUUGUAAGAUAUGUCCUGAGACUUGAAUCAUGUCAUACGCUUGUCUGUAAAAUAGUGCUUGUCGAUAUAGUCAUGGACUGAUGUAUACCAAUGUUCCCUCUUACAAGACUAAUAAAGAAUAUUGGUGAUUCUGUA